AUGCAGUCUUUGAAAUCGUCCUUUGGCUCUACGCUUCUGGUUCACCUGAGAUUUGACUCUGAUUGUGUUGAUUGUAAUGCACAAUCCAACGAAUCUCUAUGUCAGGCAUAUAAGAUUAGUGAGAAGUGCAGUAACAUAUUUGUUUCCUUCGUUGAGAUGUUCAUUUUCUGGGAUAAUAUUACAGUAUGCAGACCCAAAAGGCAAGUGCGUAUAUCUUCUUGGUUUUCAGUUUGUCAUCUUUAUGUUUUAAAAUUCUGUGCGUUUUGGGGCAGAAAUGGAUCUCCGGAUGUUCCUAAGAAGGUGUCUCCUCGAGCUGCUCGACCACUGAAGAUACCAACGUUAGAACCUGACUCUUCGUCAUCUCCUGUCCCAGCUAAUAACAGAACACCAAAGGAUAAAAGUCCAAAAGUUCUGGACCGAAGGUCUCCACGAAGCCCUGUCUCCGAGAAGAAGAGGCCGAGUAGGAUAACGGAGCUAGAGUCGUUAGUCUCACAACUUCAGGAGGAGCUGAAGAAGGCGAAAGAGCAAGUCACAGUGUCUGAGACAUCAAAGAAGCAAGCAGAGCAAGAAGCAGAAGAGUCCAGGAAACAGCUACAAGAAGUUUCCUCUAAGCUCGAGGAGACCCAGAAUCAGGUUUUGCAAGUUUCAGCGUUGGAGGAAGAAACCGAUAAAAGCGGUGCUUUUGAACAUCGAAGUGUAUCUCAGGAAUGUGAUUUGGAGUUUGGUGCUACUGCUGAAGAAAGGGCAGGAUUGGCUGUUGUUGUUCAUGAGAUCCGACAACUCAAGCUUCAGAUUGAGAUGGUGGCUUCUUCUGAAGCUGGUCAUGUGAAACAAGCUGAGUUGCGUAACUCGGAGAUUCACCUUUUGAGAGGAAACUUAAUGGACACACUUUUUCUCGUCGAGAAUUUUAGGAACCAACUCAAGGACUGUGAGGUAUCAGACACUGAAACCGAGGCCUUAGCCACCGAGACUCUUAGGCAAUUGGAGAAUGCUAAGAAGGCAGUAGAAGAACUGAAGUCAGAUGGCACAAGAGCAGUUGAAAGUUACAAGAAGAUGGCAGGAGAGCUUGAACAGUCAAAAUCGAGGAUGGCAUUGCUUGAAGCUCUUGUGAAUAAACUUCAGACCAAUCCGGGUGAUAUGGAAAACCACGAAACCCUGCUUAAAGACUAUGAAAGCUUAAAGCUUGGGGAAUCAAAUGAGAUGAAGGAAGAAGUAUCUUCCUUGAGAUGCGAGGUAGAGAGACUGAGAGCGGCUCUAGAAGCUUCUGAUAAAAAAGACCAAGAUGGGAAUGUAGAGGCCUCUUCUCGGUUACGGAUACAAGCUGAGCUCCAGUCUGAGUUAAAGAUAGCUAAAUCUGAGAUAGACGAGCUAAAGGCGAGGUUGAUGGACAAGGAAACAGAAUUACAGUUUGUUUCAGAGGAGAGAGAUAACAUAUACCUGAAACUAAUGAAGAACCAGAAAGAGACAGAUGUUGAAGCCGAACUGAAGCAACUAAGGGAGGCGAUCGAGAACUUAAAGGCGGAUUUGAUGGAUAAAGAGACAGAACUCCAGAUCGUUUCAGACGAGAACGAGACAUUGAAGUCAGAUAUCCACAAGAGGGAGACAGACGUACAAGACGCGCUCAUGAAGCUAGGGAUUGCAAUGGAAGAGGCUGACAAGAGUAGCAAGAGAGCGGUUAGAGUCACCGAGCAACUUGAUGCUACUCAAGCUUCGAACUCCGAGAUGGAAACAGAACUCAGGAAGCUCAAAGUUCAAUCAAACCAAUGGAGAAAAGCUGCUGAAGCAGCUACCGCCAUGCUCUCUGCUGGAAACAACGGGAAAUUCGCUGAGAACUACAACCAAACAAACUCUCCAUACUCUGAGGAUGUUGAGGACGAACUGGCAAAGAAGAAAAAUGGGAAUGUGCUCAAGAAGAUUGGUGUUUUGUGGAAGAAGCCUCAGAAAUAGCGGGAGGAUGACUAAUACAAUUAGGUACCGUUGAUAUGGAGUUGGGUUAUAAGAGCAACUCCUGUGACUUUGGUAUUAAUGUGAAUUAGUAGUCUGAGAACUAUGUUCUGAAAAAUACAUGUUUGAAAGAUUGAGUUUUGUUAAUUUUAUGUUAAGUAUUCACGAAGCAGGGAGACUGUUAAUUCUGUCAUUUUGGAACCAGUAUGUUUGUGCCUGUUAGGCUGUUAAUAACAAAGUCUCAAAAGCAUGUGCCCUCUUUCAUUUAGCGGGCUUGGAAUUAUCACUGGCAUAAUGUGAAGCCCAAUAGAAUAACGGCCCACAGUCCUUUAAUUGGAUUUAUUUCUUCCAAACCUUUUGUACAUUUUCCAAAAAAAUCUCGCAAUAAGAGAC